CUGGCAUUGGAGUUAUGACCGAUUCUCGAUUGGAAAAUAAUAAUACUCAUAACCAGAACUCUAGCUGUGAUAGUAAGAAUCACAAUAACAGUAAAUUGACUCAUAUUAGCUAUAGCAAAAGUAAUUAUAAUAAUAACAACAAUGAGGGUGUUGAAGAAAGUAACUACCAACAUAAAAAAUUCAAAAAAAUGUCAUCGGGUGAGAUUUCAUUCAAUCUUACUUCUAAUGUAACUCAAAUAUUACCAUCUGAAAGCUCAGUAUUUCAAAAUGAAAGCAGUGAAUCCAUUAUUGAACUCAAAUUAUCAAAUAACUGUGAUAUUACAAAACUUCGCAAGUAUAGUUACACAUGUCCUCAUUGUAAGCUUUCUUGUCGUAAGCCCAGUGUUCUUCAGAAACACAUGAGAGCCCAUACAAAUGAAAGACCUUUUCCAUGCGUUUUGUGUGGAUUCGCUUUUAAAACAAAAUCAAAUCUCUUUAAGCAUUUUAAAUCAAGAGCUCAUAUUUCAAAAAAAAGUGGUGAUCUUAACAAGGUUUCUCAUUUUUUUAAUCAAGCCUCGGAUGACUCUGAUGUAAGUUUACCUGACACUGCUAGCAAUGGUACUAGUAAUCUGCGACCUUUUUCCAUAGUACAGCCUGCAUCAUUAACACAAGCUGAAAAUUUAUCUAUCUGUAGUCCAAAUAUAAGCCCGAGAUCAAGUUUAAGUUCUAGCCCAUGUUCAAGUCCAACUUCGAAUGAUGUUGAAAAAAACAAUACAAAAAUUGUAAAAAUUUACAAGCCUAAAUUUCAUGUGACUAGAAAAAAUUGUGUGGAUAUAAAAGAUGUACUACAAAUUAAACAACCUCAGGAGUAUUCCUCUGUGUAUACAGAGAGUGUCGUUACAGAUAACCAAACAAUUGUUGACAAACCUGAUUCAAGAGUACAAGAACUUAUUGAAUGUAAGAAAAAUUCUACACUGCUGAAAAGUACAGAUAUAAAAAGUUAUUAUAACACCAGAAAUUGUACUGAACAUUUUGUUUGUCCUGAUUGUAACCUAGACUAUGGCAGUCUUGACAGUCUCAAAACACAUAGACAUUUGAAUUGUAAUAAAUAUCUACCUUUUGGGCUGCAGGUAGAAAAUUUAUCUCAGAGCUCCUUAGCCUCAGACUGCAUGAAUAUUAAAAUAUAUGAUGAAACUAUCAAUAAGCGUAAUGUUUUUAAUGAAGAUGGUGACUGUCAUCCAGUCAAUAUACAGCCUAUGUCUUCUCCAGGUCCUUUAUUAGGUAACACGCGACUUGUUGAUUCUCAGUGUCAAGCAAUUUCUGUAAAACGUGCUAAGCUUGAAACAUCUACUGAACCUCAUUCAUGUAAAGAAUUAAAAAAAAUUUUAUUACCAAAUGCACUUCGAAUGUUUGGUGGUCACGUAUGCAUCCUUAACAAGGACGAUGAAAAUGAAACCAUACGUAUUGAAUCAAAAAUUAACCAUUCCUCAAAUAAAAAAUCUAGUUGUCAAAGUAACGCUGAAACAGCAUCAGUUGUUGUACGAUCUAGCUUGCAUUCAGGUGGUACAAUGUUACACAAAUCUUCCAAUGCCGUCAUCUCUCUUCCUUAUGAACAAUCUUGCACAAGAAUUAGUCUUGCUAAUAUAGUACCUAAUAUUUCACCGCCAAGCUUGGCUCCAAGUAUCUCUAGUUCCGAAAUUUUUAAGCCCUCGAACGUUUUAUAUGCAGGAAAAAUUGUUCCUCAUGUACCAGGUAUACCAGGUCCUCAUUGUCUUACAGUUAAUUAUGAAUCUACAAAUAUAAAUAAAUCAUCUUCUGUAAGUACUAACAUUGCUCAAAUAAAAAGUCAAUUUACGACAGCUAAAUCUAUCGUUAAUUCUUCUAAUAGUGCUUCUGUAAGUAAGUUCUUAAGACCUUGUUCAUUGCCACUUAAACCUGGAACUUACAUUCCAAAACAGCACCAUGGAAUUACACCAACAACAAAUACAUUAUCUCUUAUCAGUCCAGAGACACCUCGCCCUAAAAAGUCAUAUGGACAACUCUACCUUAAUGGGCAUUCAUACACUUAUCUUGGUUUGAAAUGCUCGACCCGACUCUUUUACUGCACAUUAAAUCGAACGCAACCUAUGUACGUUGCACAGCAAAAUGGUCUUUCUAUGUACUCAAAUUGGAGAAUUUGCAAAGAAGCUCCAGCUGAUUUUGAGCUAUCCUAUUAUGAUUCAAGACAUAGACUUACUGGUUACACACUUGCAAGUGAUAAGCAUACGGAUAUUCUCACGCAUUCAUCUUGGCGUCCACAUACUUCUAGUAAUUCAGACAGUAGUCAUGAAAGUGACAGAGAAGAAAAGAAGGAAAACUUUGAAUUAUCAGUAAACAAGCUCAAAUAUAAUAAAGAUUGUACGUACGGACGUGGAAAAGGUAGUAGACGUUUCAUUUGCAAUCAAUGUGGUAUUCGUUGCAAAAAACCUUCAAUGUUAAAAAAGCAUAUGAAGAUGCAUACAGACGUUCGAAUAUAUACUUGUCAGAAUUGUUCUUCCAGCUUUAGAAGUAAAAGCAACCUUACUAAACACAUAAAGUCAAGGUCUCAGUAUAGAAAAUGUAAAAACGUAAAAGAAAAAAAUUUAAAUCAAGCAACUAAAACAGUUAAUACUACUAAAGAUGCAAAGAUGCAUUCAUUCGAUGAGAAUAAAGUUGAAACUGAACUCGUUAGUGAAACUGAAUCCGAGGGUAGUAUAAGUAAAGAGUCUAAAACAGAAGAAUGUGAGAUAGCACAGGAUUUUUUCAGUCUUUCAAAGCCAAGAGAACGGGACUUUCCAGGAUUAUUUACUUUAAAUAGACCAAUAACUUACCCAUAUGACUUAUGUACUCGUCUUUCUUUGGAUACACCGUUUCAAAAUCAACCGAUUGUCUUGAAUUUUCAGGAAAAAAAUCAUCCUUCUUGUGAAACAUUUGAUUGUGACAAUAACAUUCAUAAUUUUUAUAAAAAACAAGACGCUACAAUCUCACCAAUUGACCUUACGAUAAAAUCACCUUAUUCUAUCAUUAAACGAACCAAAUCAAUCAAUAUCUUAGCAAGUCUAUCAGAUCCAGCAUUGUUGAAUAGUAUUGUUCAAACAAUGGAGUGUAUACCUUCAAAAAUUCAAACCAAAUUGACAGAACAACCAAUUAAUAAAGAAAUGCUUCAAGCCUAUCUGACUGAGCGUUAUAUGAAAGACAAUAAAGUAAAAGAACAGUAUCGAGUUUUUCACGAAGAGAAAAUAUCAUUAAAAGAAUCAAGUCAUCUAAUUUCUUCAGAUUUGUUGAGAAAAACAGUUGUUAAUCAAGAGAAUAAGCUUACUAAUUUAGAGUAUUUGGAAAAACUGAACCAAAAAGUGAUGUCGAAACAAAGUAAAGAUUAUAAUUUAGAAUAUCGUACUUCCUUUUCGUCCAAACAUCAAGAGAAUUUUAUUGCCAACCUGCCAUCUGAUCGUAGCUUACAAAACAUUGAAUAUAAAUCUAUUACCUUAGAAACAUCUGAUGAUGAACUAUCAAAUCCACGGCACACAAGCAUUUCCUUGGAUCCUUCAAACAGUGAAAGUAUAUCCAAAAUAGAAUCAAAUAUUACUGAGGCAAAAAAACUACAAUCACCAAUUCAGAAAAAUGUUGCUGAUUUCCGGGAUUCCCGAUCAGUUUCUUUAAGUAACAUGACUGAAAUGACAUUGAAAUCGGACUUAAUUCAACCAAUCAUUAUAAAUCCAAGUUACCUCAGCAUUACUGAUGAUACUCGUAACGUAUGCAAUAUUUGCAACAAAGUAUUCAAUAAGCAAAGUCAACUUAGGCUACACACAAAUAUUCAUUAUUUUGAGCGACCAUUUAGAUGUGAGAGCUGUGGGAUAUCUUUUCGUACUAAAGGACAUCUUCUGAAGCAUGAAAGAUCAACACUUCAUCACAAUAAGGUUAACAUGACAUCCACUUUUGGAGCUGCAACAUCUACAAAUCCACGACCAUUCAAAUGCACUGAUUGUAAAUCAGCUUUUCGUAUACACGGUCAUCUAGCGAAACAUUUACGUAGUAAAAUGCAUAUUAUGAAACUAGAAUGCUUACGUAAACUACCGUUUGGAACAUAUGCCGAAAUGGAAAGGUCAAGUGUAAGUUUGAAUGACAUCGAUACCAGUGACUGUAAUACUAGCCUUAUUAGUCUUCAAUCGAUUGCCAAAAAACUAUGCCAGCAGAAUCCUUCUCAGUUAGUUUCAUUUGAGGCAGAAACAAUAAUUAAUGAAGGAAAUAGUACCGCUGAUAGCUCAUCUGAUGAUGAAAGAGAUUUUUCGAUUACAAAGCCACAGAGUGUUGAAGAUAAAAACUAUCGAGAAUAAAAAAUUACUCUUCGUAAUGAAGACAAUGUUAAUUCAGUUUUAAUGAAGAUAGAUGAUGUUAGUGAUCAUCUAAUGUACAAAUGUCAAGUGUGUUCCUCGGUUUUAAAAAAAAAAAGUGAUUCGCAAAUGCAUUGCUUGUGCAACCAUAAAACUUCAAAAAGUGUUUUUUCAGAGCCGCGCGAUAAAAAAAAGAGAAAAGAAAAUACUCACACACUGAUAAAUGAUAGACACACCUUGAAUAGAAAAAAUGAACAAAAUGUGAAUACUACGUAGUGCCAAAUAUACUCAUAAGUAAACUCACUAAUGUCAUGAAUUUGCAAUACACUUAUGUAAAAAAUUUAUUAACAUUCUAUUUUUAAUCGUUUGUUUUUAUUAAAAAAUUUUAUUUUUGACAUAU